CAUGACACCCCUGGGGAUCCCUCUGGGCGGCGGCGGCACAGGAAGUCAUGGCCAGGCGCAGCACAUGGGGACCGCAGCAUCUGGAGGUAGAGCGCUGAUCAACUCGGUCUACGGCAUCCCAGGGACGUCGACGAGCCACUCGCUGCUGCCGCACCAGACCCAAGUGUGGGACUCGGAGGUGUCGCGGGACCUCGAGGUACAGCGCCAGUUCCUGAUGAACCAGAAGCAGGCGGAUGCAACGAGGCGGGAGGCAAGACGGGCGGAGAGGGCCCGAGGGGAGCGGAAAUUUGAGGUGAGGAUGAGGUCGGAGGCACAGCUCAUGGAGGCGCACCGGGAUGCGAUGAGGAGGAUGCAGAGCGGGGCGAAGUAGGGAAUACAGGAGGCAAGGAGGGGGGGAAAGAGAGUGAAUUCGAGGUGGGUUUUUAAAAUGAUGGUAAGGUUGGCCUAGGACAAAGGAGUUUUAAUCAUAAUGUCGGAUGAUCUUGGGCGAUGAGGUGGACUGUGGCUCGGGGCGAGAUAGUCAAGGAUUGGGAAAACGAGGUCUGGAAAAACAACAAGAUACCCACGAUCAUCAACCCAUGAUCUUUUUCUUAUUAUUUAACUUGUUCAAUCCUUUCGAGGAAUGCGUCUUGACCAGGCAAAAAGGCAUCUAUUCAUUAUAUCAUUCGGCUGGGUGUUAUAUAGACAGGUCUGGGGUUCUUCCAGGACAGGCUCAACAGCACGAUGAAAUCAAGAUUCUACAUUAUGAGGCG